CUGGUGGAUGAUGUGGGAGGUGUACACGCCCCGUUCGUCCUUCCUUGUCUUCAGUUGCUGUGAGAAGCCUAUUCUCACCCAGAACACUCAAGCAUUAAAUGGUUUCCUUAGUCCUAUCUUUUAAGUAGCAUUUCGUUUUUGGCUAGCCGACCAAAGCAAAACAGGGCGUUCAGAGCAUUCAAACUGCGAGGUCGGAACUCCCCAAGCAUAAAUGAUGGGUCGGGAAACUUUCAGUAUGCAUCGGGAAUGGUUACUGAUCUUAAACUUUUGGAUCGCUUUUGCCUCCGAGACCAGUAAAACGGGUAUGCUGCCACCUCCGCGUAACUUAUCCUUGGAAAGAAGGAAUCACAAUUUCUGUCUGCGUCUUUCGUGGAGCUCACCGGAGGGCCUAAACAACAGCAACAAGUGUGCGGUACACUACGAGGUGGUAGAGAAGGUCGGCCAGAAUGAAGAAACACAAACAACCGAAAGACUAUUUUUUGAAAGAUGUCCUAGCCUGGAGUCCGGAGUGAUGUACAGCGUGAAAGCCAAGUGCAACAAUGGGUCUCACAUGGAGAGCAAAUCUGUAACUCAGGGUAUCCUGGCUCCCAAAGAAGAAUUGAUACGGAACUUUGAUUGUAUUUACUAUGCGUCUGAAGCUAUGAACUGCACAUGGAAAACAAUGAAUGAGACAGAAGAUCUUCAGCUCUCCUACUGGUAUGAAGACCAGCCAGCACCUGAGCCCUGCAAGUUGUACCUAUUUGAACAAGGUGUGAAGAUGGGCUGUCACCUAAGUGGAAAGUUCCUCAACCACAGUAAUCUCAGUAAUCUGUCAAGCGCAGUCCACUUUGACCUCAGUGGCACUCAGGGCACUUCCACCCUGAAUAACUACUUCCAAAGGAUGCCUCGGGACAAUGUGAGGCCCCCACCCCCGCAACUGGAUAUUUUCCAUGAAUAUAACUCCCUGAAUUUGAAAUGGAAAGACCCUGGUCUGUUAAAUGCAGAUUGUUGGGACUACCUCUACCGGUUCAAGACCAAUGAAUUCCAGGACUGGAAGAUGGGUAAUGUUUCCAAGACAACCAAUGACAAACUGGUCUACGACGUCCAGUAUCAGUAUGUGGUGCAGGUGAAGGCCAACUUCACAAACAGAUGUGGAUGUGGAGCCACGGACUGGAGUUUGGAGAAACGCUAUGGUCAGCCCAAACCACCGAACUGGUCCCCGCAUGUUGUUGUUAUCACCAUUCCUGUCCUGUUCACAAUUGCUGCGAUCAUUUGCCUAAUCUUCAUUAAGAAACUCCGGAAGCUGAUCCUGCCAGAGAUUCCUAAUCCUAGAAUUAUCAAGAUACCAUGGAAAAGUGAGAAGACAAUGUUCCCAGAUCACUUCAUUCCACCUGAGGAUGACUAUUCAAAGGUAAAAAUCCUGAAGGAGCCUCUGCAAUUGUGAACCAAACCAUGGGGAUCCAGGAGAGGAGUCACCUUGGGCAGCCAUUUUGCCGAAGACAGAGCGUACUGUGCACGUGGAUGAGCCAGCCCACUGACAAAGACACUAUAAAACCUUUGUGGCUGUUUCUGUGCAUCUUGUAUAGCACCCAUGAAUUUCCAAAGGAAGAGAAGAAAAGGACUUCGUGAAAUGUGUUGGAAGCCGCAGCUUGCAGUAGGAAAUAAUUGUUUAGAUGGUGUGGAGGGUGAUAUCAUUUCAGUUGUUGUCAACAGCGGAGGGUCAACAGUGAUUGCACUUUCUUGACAUACACACAGGCUAAUCUCACUCCCAUCCAAACAUAUAAACAAAUUCACAGAGGCUCACAUACUAGGGAUAAUUUGAAAAGAGGUGGUACUUUGUCUAACCUGCUGUAACACAUAAAGACUAGUUUUACCUCAUUAAAGUCAAACAGGAUGAAACUGACUCAGAAACUGACUCCUGUGAUCCACAGUCCCUACUUCACACAUCAGGUAUUUACCACUGUACGAAACCAGGCUUUAAAAUCUGUAAAUAUCAAUGUUGAAAUAUGAACUUAGUGUGAGUUUUGCCUCUUAUCUGCAUGUUAGUACGUUGUUUAUACUGUAUAAUAAAAAAUGAAUUUUAAAAUCA